CAUCAGUUUUGACAGCCCACAGGAAAGCAGAGCAUCAACAACCGUCACGGCAGGAAGCUAGCGGUAAAGGGAGAGAAAGAGAGACUCGGAAAACAGUGACUACGCCUGUAAAAUGGAAUGGAACUUACAGAUGAGCUGAGAGAGGCGUUGUCCGAACACUCUCUUUGUUUUCUGAUAGGGGGCUUGGAGCAGCUGUUGCUAAGGCGUAAUGCCCGCCGAAAGUGGGAGCAGUGCAGCUUCUAGACAAGCAAAGCAGAAGCGCAAAUCUCACAGCCUUUCAAUCCGCAGAACCAACAGUUCAGAACAGGAAAGAUCAGGAAUGCAAAGGGAAAUGUUGGAAGGACAGGAUUCAAAGUUACCUCCAUCUGUACGGCAAAAUCUUCUUGAGCUGUUUGGCCAAAUAGAGAGGGAGUUUGAAAAUUUGUACAUUGAAAAUGUUGAUUUACGGAGGGAAAUUGACACUCUUAAUGAGCGCUUGGCUGCUGAAGGACAAACUUUUGAUGGUGCAGACUUGAGCAAAGGACCAUUAAAGGCCAAAGCAAGUCAUAGCACCAGUCAGCUGUCUCAGAAACUGAAGACAACAUACAAGGCGUCAACCAGCAAGAUUGUGUCCAGCUUCAAGACUACCACUUCAAGGGCUGUCUGCCAGCUGGUUAAGGAAUAUGUUGGCCACAGAGAUGGAAUUUGGGAUGUCAGUGUUACAAAGACACAGCCUGUAGUCUUAGGCACUGCAUCUGCUGAUCAUACUGCCAUGCUUUGGAGUAUUGAAACUGGAAAAUGUCUUCUUAAAUAUGUUGGUCAUGCUGGAUCAGUUAAUUCAAUCAAGUUUCAUCCAACAGAGCAAGCAGCUUUAACAGCAUCUGGAGACCAGACUGCUCACAUCUGGAGGUUUAUGGUGCAAUUGCCAGCUCCCCUGCCCACAACAGACACAAGUCAGGUCUCUGCAGAAGAUGAUGUUGAUUUCUCUGAUAAGGAUGAAGUAGAUGGUGAUGGUGAUGUCUCUAGUGAAUGUCCAAUGAUCCGUGUUCCUUUAACAACACUUAAAAGUCACCAAGGUGUGGUCAUUGCGGCAGAUUGGUUGGUUGGAGGAAAGCAAGUUGUUACUGCCUCAUGGGACAGAGCAGCUAAUCUUUAUGACGUGGAAACGUCUGAGCUGGUCCAUUCUCUUACAGGCCAUGAUCAAGAGCUAACUCACUGCUGUACUCAUCCUACGCAGAGGCUAGUAGUUACUUCCUCACGUGAUACAACAUUUAGACUUUGGGACUUCAGGGACCCAUCAAUACACUCUGUCAAUGUCUUUCAAGGUCACACUGACACUGUCACAUCUGCGGUCUUCACAGUCGGUGACAAUGUGGUUUCAGGAAGUGAUGAUCGCACUGUUAAGGUUUGGGAUUUGAAGAACAUGAGGUCUCCAAUAGCCACUAUACGCACUGAUUCAGCAGUUAACAGGAUUAGUGUUUCUGUGAGCCAAAAGAUUAUUGCGCUUCCACAUGACAAUCGACAGGUCAGGCUAUUUGACAUGGCUGGAGUGCGACUGGCCCGACUUCCACGCAGCAAUAGACAGGGACAUCGGCGAAUGGUUUGCUGCUCAGCUUGGAGUGAAGACAAUCCUACAUGUAAUCUGUUCACUUGUGGGUUUGACCGGCAGGCAAUUGGCUGGAACAUUAACAUCCCAGCACUGCUGCAGGAGAAGUAAAAAGGAAUCUCCCACCAACUCUCAGGUUCUGAACUGUCAUUUUGCUGAUCCUAGAUCAUUGUACUGCUGCCCUAUGGAUCUGAGUAAAUGUUAAUCUUCUCACAACACUGUGCACAGUUUGCAUGAAUUUCAGAUAAACUGCAAUUUGUGUGCUUUGUAUUUCAUUGUAUCUAAUUUGCAGUUAAGUUUGUUUUUUUGUUUUUGUUUGUUUUUUUUAGCCAUGCUGAAUUGCACAUUAAGUUAUUAUAGAAAAAUGCAAAACUAGAAGUCUUUUCAACUUGUGAUUCACAGCAAAUGCUGUGCUGCCAAACUGUCUGCGUACCUUUUUUUCUGUUUUUUAGGAAUAGCAUUAAAUGAUGUGGAGCUAUCGCCACAUUUUUUCAAAUUGCAGUGUGAAGCAACAAGCUAACUGUAAAGUAGAUUCUGUUACAUAUAAAGAAGACAUGGUCAUUGUACAGAAUGUUGUAAUGUGAAUCAUUUACUGCUAAGAAUUUUGAAAACAUGCCUUCAUAUAAAUGUCUGCAUGUAAGUCUAUGUACAGUAGAUUGGAGUAAUAAUGAAAAAUGUUCAAUUCUUCCAUGCCUAGUCUGUCUCUCCUCUACAAACCACAUUGCUGUUCCUAGGUCUUUGUGCAAUGUCUUCUUGUGCAAAGUCCGGUAUUUCUGAAACUAUUUUAUGUACUUCUGUACCCUUAAUUGUUAAGUGAUACAUUACUAUUCUCUUACAAUAUUGGACUAGAUAUAUUUAAAUUUGGAGAAAUUAUACUGUAAAGCUGAAAAAUGUGGUGAAAUGACUUUUAUCAAUAUAUUGAAACACAACAGUAAAAGCUGUUACACAGUUGUUUAUGCAGUCAUCUCUUUUCCUUUCUGGACAAGCUUCAAAGAAACCCUAGCAAUACUGCUGCUGGUUCGAGGACCAUGCAGUUUCCUUCAGCAGGUACAUUGUCUGAUCACAGUUUUUGCUUACACUUUUAAGACCAAGUGAAGACUUCAGGGCUAUGCAGAUCCCUACUUCUAUUAUGCAGCACUUUCUUUACUGGUCAGAUCACUGGAGAACAUUGAGCACUGACUUAGGAUAAUGUUAAAGUGAUUGUUCAAAACAGACUAGUUUGGCAUUGAUAAAAUAAAAAGAAUUGGCCCUUGCUACUUGUAUUGAACAUUUGUACCUCACUGCUGCUGUGUAUGUGUCACCAUAUCUAAAGAAGCUUGAUUAUUUUUACUUUUCACGUGUGUUACAGCUUUCCAUAUUUUAUGGAAGCGUACAUGAUUUACAUUAAAUUAUACACAAUUUGCCUUUUUAUGUAUUUAAAUGUAACCAAACUUUAAAGCUUUUUUUUCAUUUUGCCAUUCACGUAUAGCCUGCUGAAUUUAUUUUCCUACUGUGAAAUAUUCAUCUUUCCUUUUGUUUAGUGAUAAUUGGUUGUCAGAAACUUCUGCCAUUUCUUUUUAAAUUACACUAACCUAUGAUUUCAUUAAUGAGCAAUUAUUCCAAAUCUUGACCAGGACUAAAAGGAGAUGCAUGUUACAUAGACUUGUUCUGCAUUUUUAAAGAAAAAUUUGUUUUAUAUGACAUCCAUUAAAAAAACAAUCUUGUAUUUUCUCUGUCUUGAGUGGUUCACCAUUCACAGAGAAAACAUGGCAAUUCUGGUUCAGAAUCAUGAAAACAGUAAUUGUGCUCUUCCAGGAAAACCAAAUCAUUUGAUAUUUGUUACACAUAGUAAUUUAGCUUGAUGGUGAAAAUAGUUCUAUGUGAAAUGUAAAAGCUUGUAAACCUAAUAAAAUAUGAUGAUUUUGAA